UACGGUCGCACCAGGCAGAAAAAGGACUAACUGUAUCGACCGCUAUUGAGCAUCGUUUCCUACAAUAAAAGCAAAAAGGCAAGCUUAAAAACGUAGUGUGCAACAUUAUUUGUCGUGAGAAUGAGCAAUAUAUACAUUCAAGAACCACCCACCAACGGCAAGGUCUUGUUAAAGACCUCAGCUGGUGACAUUGACAUCGAGCUGUGGUCCAAGGAAGCUCCGAAGGCAUGUCGGAACUUCGUGCAGCUGUGCAUGGAAGGUUACUACGAUGGGACAAUAUUCCACAGGGUGGUGCCUGAAUUCAUCAUUCAGGGUGGAGAUCCAACUGGUACAGGGACUGGAGGAGAGUCCGUCUAUGGGAAGACGUUCAAGGAUGAGUUUCACACCAGACUGCGCUUCAAUCGGAGAGGUUUGGUCGCCAUGGCCAACGCCGGGACGCACGACAACGGCAGCCAGUUCUUCUUCACUUUGGGACGUGCCGACGAGCUGAACAACAAGCACACUAUUUUUGCCAAAGUGACCGGAGACACGGUCUAUAACAUGCUCAGGUUAGCGGACGUGGAAUGUGACAGCAAUGAAAGACCUCUGAAUCCCCACAAGAUAAGAACUGCCGAGGUGCUGCAUUGUCCUUUUGACGACAUUGAGCCACGUGAAACGAAGAAAGCCAAGAAGGAAAAAGACAAAGAAGAAGGAAAGAAAUCGCAGUCAAAAGCCACAAAGAACUUCAGCCUCCUGUCGUUCGGCGAGGAGGCCGAAGAAGACGAGGAGAUGGUCAACCAAGUUAGUGAGAGCCUGAAAGGAAAGAGCAAAAGCAGCCACGACCUCCUGAAGGACGAUCCCAGACUCAGCUCCGUCCCAGCUGUCGAUAAAGGAGAGAAGACGUCUGGAGAUGAAGCGGAGGAGGACGGCGUGGGCGAGAAGGCCAGCGAGCUGGUCAGGGCCAAGCUGAAGAAGGACAAAGGCGCCGGAAAAGCCAGCGAGCCCGAGGGCGAGGAGGAGCGGGGGAAGAAGAGCAGCCGCAGCGAAGAGUUGCGCAAGGAAGUUCGCCAGUUGAAGAAGGAGCUGAAGGCGUUGAAGCAAAGAGAAGAUGGCCCUAAGCCUGCCGUGGAUGAGGUCAAGGAGGAGAGCAAAAAGCCGAGCAGCGAGGCUGUCGCCGAGUAUCUGGAGGGGAGGAAGAAGUACGAGGAGCGGAGGAAAGACAAGCGCAAGAGAGGCUCGGGCCGGGAAGAACAGACGAUGGAGCUGCUCAACCGUUUCAAAUCCAAGCUGUCGUCGGCCAUCAGCGAAGCCCCGGAGGAGGAGGAGGACGAGGAAGAGCUGGCCGAGGAUGACGACAAAGGAUGGCUGGGCCACGUGCUGCACUUUGACGAGCAGUCCCGGAAGGUCAAAGACGCCACCGUGCAGGACGAAGACACCUUCGAGAUCUACGACCCGCGGAACCCCGUCAACAAGCGGCGGCGGGAGGAGAGCAAAAAGAUCAUGAAGGACAAGAAGGCCAAGAGGUGAGGUCGCGGGGGAGGGGGGUGGGGGGGGCCGAGGUGGCGGUGGUCGAGGGCCCUGCUUUGUGGAGCGAUUCCCGAACAUCUGGAUUUAUGACGCAACCGUGAUCGGACACUUUUGGACUGCUGCUUCGAGUCAUUUGUGAUGUUUUUGUGAUGAACGGGGUGAUGAUAAACUCUUAAUGAGCUGUCACGACUAACCAUCGAUUACUGUCUGUGUGAUCAAUUUUGGUCCUUUUCUCUUGCUUGUGGUCUUGGUACAGUUGAACCCCUGAUUCAUCGUUCGCAACGCCGCUAAUCCCAGAUACUUAAAAAAAAAAAAAAAAAAACUUGCUCAUAUAUGUUUAAACUGUCUGUAUGAACUGACAUUAGAAUAUUAUUAAAAUGAUCUCUUGAAAAAUCACUCCUCUCUGGCCCCAUCUAAUGCUUCUGAUUUGAAGUUAUUCCUUUACAAUUGGGCAUGGCGGGCCAAGAGCAGCCAAUCAGAAAGAGUAGUAACAGGAGGCGUGACCAAAGGGAUGGCAAUAAUUUGC